AUGUCAACUGAAGCUGGCUUGAAAUCAGUGGCCGUCAUUGGCGCCGGCGUCGCUGGACUGUGUGCCCUUCGCCACCUGACCGCUCGGUCUGACCGCUUUGGUCCGAUUGUCUGCUACGAACAGACGAAAAUCAUCGGCGGCACUUGGAACUACACCGAUGCUGUUGGUCUCGAUGAGAAUGGCCUUCCAGUGCACACGAGCAUGUACCAAGAUUUGACAACCAACGCUCCAGCGGAAAUAAUGGUCUUUCCUGACUUCAAGUGGCAGUACAGCUGCUCCUUUCCGCCACAGAGCGAGGUGCUGCAGUUUAUCAACGGCUACGCUGAUCACUUCAACCUUCGGCCGUACAUUAACUUUGAGCAUCACCUGCAGAAGCUGUCCCGCGACCAGGUGAAAAACUGCUGGCAGCUGACGGUGCUCGAUGUGAAGGGCGGCAAACGGAGCCCUUUCACGCGCUCAUUUGACAUUGUCAUCCUCUGUCCAGGACGAAACUGCAUUCCCCUGCUGCCGAAGAUACCCGGAAUAGAGGACUUUACCGGCAGGAUGAUCCACUCGCAUGACUACCGCUGUCGAGCGCCGUACACCGGCGAGAGAGUGGCCGUCCUGGGCGCCGGGCCUAGCGGCAUAGACAUUGCCAUUCAGUGUUCAACCGUCGGAAAGCAGGUGUACCUGAUCAAUCGAACUGACUGGCAGUUUGAAGUGUUGCCGAAAAACUUACGCCAAAUCAAGGGCAGUGUCGUCCGGUUCACGAAAUCCUCUAUUCAGGUGAAGAUGGUUGAUAGUGAAGAGAAGGAGGAGUUUGAGGUGGACUCGGUCAUCCUUGCCACUGGCUAUCAGAUCUAUCUGAGCUACCUUGACCAAGAAGAGUGCGGCCUGCGACACAAUGCCGAUGACAGUUUGGACGGCAUCUACCGCCAUCUGAUCAAUGUCAAGUACCCGACAAUGGCUAUGUUCUCUAUCUUGAAGCCGUCCAUUAACUGCUAUCUCUACCACAAACAGAUGCUCUACUACAUCAAGCUAAUGCUGGGAGAAAUUCCCAUGCCAACAGAGGAGCAGAUGCGAGAGGAGAUAAAGGCGGACAUUGAGAUGCGUCUUCAGAGAAAGAUUUUCGACCGACAUCAACUGAAGAUUCCUAUGGUGCGAGAGUACUUCAAGAUGCUGGACAGAGACGCCAACCUAGAGCCGGCGCCCACCAAUUUACUAGACUUAAUGGACGAUGUAGCGGAG